AGACCACUUGAGCCGCCUUGUACAUGGUGAGGAAGCCAUACCUCUUGUGGAAAUUGUUCCAGGUGAACAACUCUUCGGAAUUGAGGUUCGAAAUGCCUAGGGCAAUCAUAAGUGAUGGAGGAUCACACUUCUGCAACAGAUCGAUUGAAGCCUUGCUUAGAAAGUACAAUGUAACACACAAGGUGUCAACAUCAUAUAACCCACACAUUAGUGGACAAGCAGAGGUGUCAAAUCGCAAGAUCAAGAAGAUUUUGGAGAAAAUUGUCUGUCCUAAUUGCAAGGAUUGGAGUCAAAGGCUAGAUGACGCCUUGUGGGCUUUCUGGAUAGUGUAUAAGACACCAAUAGGAAUGAGUCCCUUUAGGUUGGUGUACAAGAAAGCUUGCCACCUUCCUGUGGAAUUGGAACAUCGAGCUUGGUGGGCUGUGAAGAGCUUUAACAUGGACGUCGAUGAAGCUGAACUUCAAAGGAAGCUUCAAGUGAAUGAGUUGGAAGAAAUACGUAAUGAUGCAUACGAGAGCUCAAGGAUUUAUAAAGAGAGAACCAAGGCCUUUCAUGACUAGAUGAUUCAUGGCAAAACAUUCGUUGAAGGCCAUCGCUUGAAUUUAAGGUGAAUAGCCAUCACUUGAAGCCAUAUUACGAAGCCUUUAAGGAGAGCAACAUGGAGGAAGAGGACCUCCAUGAUGUACCACCUUCCAUGGACUA